AUGUCGAGCUGGUGGGGAGAGUUCAACAACUCCCAUGCCCUAUGGAUUGGGGUUGUCGCCUUGGCCGUCUGGGCGGGGGUCAAAACUUGGACGGACUUUUGGGGGCCUUUCGUGGCGUACUACCUCGUUCCUCUUAUGAGGAGGAGCAGCAGACUCCCCCCUGACCCGGAAAGGGGUAUCCCCCUCCAACCCAACCCGCCCAGCAUUGACAAUGGCGGCCAUGGCGGCCAGAACCCUCAGGGCAGCCAGGAUGGGGACGAGGGCAAUUUGCCUGGGGGUUCUGUACCUGGUCCAUAG